AUAUCAAUUACAAUUUCAAGUUGUUUCAAUCUUUUGAUACAUUAGUCAGAUAAAUAACCAUUAAAGAUGAUUGAACCAUCCUUAAAGGCUUUAGCUUCCAAAUAUAAUUGUGAAAAGUCCAUCUGCCGUAAAUGUUACGCCAGAUUACCACCAAGAGCCACCAACUGUCGUAAGAGAAAGUGUGGUCACACCAAUCAAUUAAGACCAAAGAAAAAGUUAAAGUAAACUAUUCAACCUUAUAUUCACUUUGUUUUAUGGUAUAUUCUUUCAAUAUAUCUAUCUAUCGGUUCAUCAUAUACUUCACACUGUUAUUAAUCAAUAAUAAAUUAAAUCAAUCAUUAUCAUUUAACAUUAUUAGAAUAGUUGAGGAUAUAUAAUAUAAUAUCAUAUGAUAUGGUAUGAAGAAAAUCAAUCAAAUCAAAUAAAGUAUUGUAUUUAGCUUAAUAAGUUCAUUUUAAUAUAAAAUCUAACGUUAUAGA